GUGGCGCGCGUCAAGCGGCCAACUCCGCUCCACACAUCUCCCCGAAAAAUUGAACAAUCGUCACGAUACCCGUCUACUGUGCUUUUGGUGCAAACUUUCGCCUCACGCGUCUCGUUUGUUAGUAGGCAGACAACUUGAUCGUCGGGAAAAUGUCCGCGCCGCACCUGCACUCCCCGCCGCCCAACCACAGGCACCUCUCGGCGACCACAAGCGGCCGGACGGACCCCUCGGAGGUGGCGGCGGAGGGGCGCAUCCGCCUGCUGCUCUUCGCCUUGUGCGUAACCAUCGCCGCCGCCACCUUCUUCGGCGGCGUGUACUCGCUCCUGUCGCUGCUCCGGAUGAGGAGGAAGACGUCCCUGAGUCUCAUCGUGGCGUCCAUGUCCGUGGACGACCUGCUCAGCGUGGUGCCGCUGUCCCUCUUCAUCCUCCUGCAGUGGGAGCGGGACGGAGGCUCGGCCAGCUUGUGCACCCUCGCCGGCCUCCUCUACGUCUUCCAGGGAGUUUCGAGCAACAUGAAGGCCUGCCUGAUCGCUGGCUACACUUUUUACGUGACCAAGAGGUUCGGGGUGUUGCGCUCGGUCCGGCGGCCCCUCCCGGUGUUGUGGGCCAUCGCCGGCGUGUGGGCGCUCAGCAUGGCCGUCAGCGUGCUGCCUUUGUGCGGCUGGGGCAGCUUCGCGCGAGCUCCCCUGGGCUGCUUCCCGGAGAGUGACAGCUUCUACACGUUGCUGCUCUUCCUUUUGUAUUCGCUGUGCUUCUGCGGCUUGCUCUCCUUCUUCCUGCCGCUCACCUACCGGCUGCUGUGCUCCGGGGAGCCGCAGAGGAGCGUGCAGUGCGCGGGAUCCCCGGGCGACGUCCGCUCGCACUCCCGGGACAGCUCGGACAGAAGUUUCGGCGCCUACAACGAGCUGAGCCCGAGUUCGUGCGGGACGACGCGCGACCUGAAGGAGGCGGGCGCGGGGUUCCCGAGGUCCGACCGCGGCCAUAGGUCGCCAACUGUGGUGGACACUCCCGUGGUGUUUGCGCAGAAGCGCUUCUCCAUGAUCCUGGCGGUUGUCAGGGUUACUUUGUGGAUGCCAAUGAUGACUCUGAUGAUGGUGCGCCAUGCCGCAAAUGCACGCAACUCGUCCCUCGAGACGCUCGGCUUCUUCCUCACGUUGCUCGCGCCUGCGGUCACGCCGCUCUUCGUGCUGUCCAAGCGCUGGAUCCACAUGCCGUGCGGCUGCUUCAUUAACUGCAACCGUGAGCCUACACCAGACUCCUCAGCAAUGAAAAGAAGAUUUGAGUUCAACCUUUCCCUCCAUAAAGGUUGUGGAGUGUUCAAGCUUUCCCAUGGUCCCAUGUCUCACGGCAACACGUCUGCUGAGAAGCGAGCCUACCAUAGCCUCUUCAACAGUGACUUCCCGAACAACCGUCUGGAUGCGCUUGAGAGUGGUGGGCUCUGUGGCUUGUUAGAAGAUGUUGGCAGUUGCGGAAAGGCGCUGGCUGACUGUCCUCCUCUGCCCCGCGAGAACCAUGGAGGUGAGGAGGGCUUCCACGACGUUCCCUCCACGCCACUUAAUCACCAGGAGAAGGAGCAACAUCUCACAGACACCUCGUCUGUGUUCGAGGGCUCAGAGAGAAGGCUAUCGCAUGAAGAGUGCCGGAAAAUUGAGCUGACAGAUUGGGAGUGGUGCAGGAGCAAAUCAGAGAGAACACCCAGACAGAGGUCAUCGGCUGGUCUGUCCAUUCCGCUUUGCGCCUUCCAGGGAACUGUGUCCCUGCAAGCCCCCACUGGGAAGACCCUCUCUCUGUCCACCUACGAGGUCAGCAGCGAUGGACUGAAAAUCUCCCCCAACAAUACCAAAAGGGUAGAGGUGUACCGCUCCAAAUCGGUGGGCCAUGAGCCCAGUGCAGAUGACAAAGCAUCAGGAGGCCAGACAGGCGAUAUGAACAUCAAUGGUGUCAGUAUGGGACUGGACAUUGGAAUGGACAUUGGAGCCGGUGACACUAAUGUCAAAAUCCACCUGGAGGUCCUGGAGAUAUGCGACAAUGAGGAGGCCAUGGACAGUGUCUCCAUCGUGUCUAAUAUCAGCCAGUCGUCGACCCACGCUCGCUCGCCGUCACUGCGUUACUCGCGCAGAGAAAACCGCUUCGUUUCCUGCGACUUGGGCGAGACGGCCUCCUACUCCCUGCUAAUCCCCACCACUGGCAACCCCGAGACAGAGGCCAUCAACAUCACGAUACCUGACACGGUGGAGGCCCAUCGGCGGAACAGUCGGCGACAGACGCAGGGCAGCUCAGGAUAUCAAGAAGAAAUACAGUUGCUCAAUGAGGCCUACAGAAAACAAGCUGGAGAGGUGGAAGACUGAAUUUCUCCAAUAACCCAAGAUAAGAAACGACCUCUGCCAAGUCCACACUGCCAUCAAAAGUUACUUGUUUUUGUUUGUUUGUCUUUUCUUUUGUUAAUUAGUUGCAACUUCCUGUUCCAUAGAAAAUAACACAACACAUAAUAAAUGAAUGGCCACUGGUAGUGCAGUAGUUCACACAGCUAUUUUGACUUUCACACGUUCAAUAUCCGGUCAUUGGCCCAUUCACAAUUACCCUGUUAUUAGAGAGAGAUCACACAAAAUUGGGGCGUCAAAAUAUGUCAUUUAUUCGCCUGUGCCUUUUAAACAGACCAGUGAAGCAGCAUAAUGGGUGCGAUCAGCCGAGAAAAAUGCCAGCUAAUAAUUGACUGACGAGUAGUCAAGAGUGUAGUCAGGUGGGAUGGAUUCCAUUUCCCCUACUGACCUGACCAGGAUAGACAGUCCUCGCUUUAUGAUGCCAUUCCGUUGCUGUGGCAGCGUUGUAGCCUGAUUUGUACAUAAAUCACUAAUUUACGCUAAUGCAGUAGUAAAGUCAUAAUUACAGUAAAUAUUUGUAUGAAAAACACUGUAUAUUGUAAAUUCGUAUGUCAGGACCAUCGUAAGCUGAGGGCCCCUCUGUACAAAUUAAGGGCUAUUGGUAGCAAAUCGCUUGUCUAUCCCCUCACUUAUACUCUCGUCCUGUAGACCUUUUAUAAUUCACAUAAUUAAUGCCACCACACUUCAGUUGUACAGUCGGGUUCAUGACCCUUGUCCUGCAUGCUUCGUCUCCUGUCCUUGUCCUGUUCUAUCUUGUCCUGUCCUUCCCUCACAGGGUGUAUGUAGCACUACAGCCCCAUGCAACACUCAUAUUUAUUGUUUCAUUGUUGUAGAUAAUGUAAUGAUUUACUUCUCUCAUCCUGUUUACAAUUAGUGUUUUGUCUUUUGUCUGUUUCUCUCUCCCUUCUAGAAACUUUGUUCUGUUCGACUGAUCAAGUCUGAUUCUCAAUAAACCUCAAUUCAUACCACAGCGGAAGCUUAAAAACUCUACUGUGACACAGUAAAACUGUUCUGGCAUGAAAGGGAUACAGAUUUUCCAUUCUGCUUGACCUAACUGUCGAACAGGACAAAAAAAAUAAAAAUAACCCUUAACAGUCAAGGAGGCUGUGCUGUUGUUGGAGGCAGUAUUAUUGAGUUUAUUUGGAAAGGACAAAAGGACGGGGGAGAAACUCUGUAAGUGGGAGACAGGUGAUGUCGUAAGCUGCCUCCUCUGUUAAGCGAUGUUUUUUUCCAGCUUUGCAUAGAUGGUCUCUCUCACUCCUCUUUCAAAACAUCUGUCUUCCCUGUGCAGAAUAUCCACAUUUUUGUCCUCAAAAGAGUGCUGUUUCUCUUGGAAGUGCAGGUAAUCAGCUGAGUCAUUGACUUAAGGAGUUUCCCCGUCUGUGUUGUGCCAUGCGUCUGCUCAGUGGUUGCUUGGUUUCUUCUCGCUAUUGAGUCUUUCUACCGGCGACACCAAGAAGACGUGAACCACUGCUGGUCACUCGUUGAUUGAGCAGAUUUGCCACUGCUGCGUUGUGGCGAUUUGAUGAGGUUGGAAAAAUAAACACAUAUUAUCAUUAACACAUUAAUGCCACCUCACCCAUUACUGUGUCUGAGCUAUGGUUGCUGCUGUAUUAGACACCACAGUCUCUACAUUGCUGCAGCAGUCCUUAGUUCCCUUUUUAGUCCUUUUGGUCACAAGGUCUGUGACUGUAGGUGAGAAUGGGGAUGUAAAAUAACUGGUAAUCUGAGAGCUUUGCCUUUUGACUCAACCACAUCAAUUAAUUUGUCAGUCUUGUCUUUCCUGUUUAGGGUCACAGAUGAGCUGGAGUCUAUCCCAGCUAACUGUAGGCUGAAAACAGGCUACAUCCAGGGCUGGUUGCCAGUAAAUCACAGGGCACAUACUGAGUACCUAUUUUCCAGUGCAUGUUAUUGACACUUUUUGACAGGCAAAUCCAGGUACAUAAACCGUUCCUCGUCACGCAUUGGUUGAGGAGAUUUUUGAUCCCAGUAUGGUUCUCCAUCUCCUUCAAGUAAAUGCAAGAAUCCGUCAUUCUCUUCCAUUUUUGUUGUUUGUGAGUAUGUCUCGUGCUGACUGAUACCGUUUUUUUUUAUUUCCUGUUAUACUAUUUUGAAGUGGAAAACUGAUUGCACCAAAGUCUGUGAUCCCGGUCAAUAUUAUGCUGCGGACAACAAAACAGGCAUACAACCAUUCACACUCACAUUCACAUCUACACUCACUGAACCACCAUACUAUAAGUCACUGGGCAAGAACCUAAGAUGCUUAAACUUCUCCACCUGAAACAGACCUUCUCACCCAGAGUGACCCUGAAGAAGGAGUUGGUUCUUCCUUUGGGCACCCCUCCAUAAAGUCCAUUGCUCAUCGCUUUAAUUGUUUUUGCUUAAUCCUGCUUCCUGAUUUACAAGCAAACGAAAAGCAAUCAAUAAUAAAAACCUCCUGCCUGUGUUUUGUGCUUGGCGGAGGUAAAGACAAAGGAGGUUUGACAAAGGACUAGAUGUAGGCAGAGAUAAAUGGAGUUGGACAUGUUUUAAGGGUGACAAUGUGGUCACAUGUCUCAAGUCACUGAUGACCAGGCCGUAAGGGGUGGGGUCAACUGACCCAUGUGUCUGACUCAUCUCUGUUUUUUUUUUUUUUGUGUGUGUGCGUGUGUGUUACAUGACAAAAAAGUCACCUCGCCCACACGAGUGCAGACCUGAUGCUAUUAAUGUGUUUUGAUGCGGCUGCCACAAAUGUCCAUACUAUAUUUUUACAUUGCUCACUGCCCUGACUCAUUUUAAUUAUGCUGUGUUUCUCCUUGCGCCUCCUCCACAUCCAUUACGUAUCACAUGGUCAGUGUUUUUGCUAUCAAAUGAAGUGACUGCAAAGCUAAAUGGCGAGAGGUGCCAAGAAGAGGGUAGAACUUGUGGAAGACUUUGGGAUCAUUCGAGGCGAAGAUGAGAGGACUUGUAUGCCUUUGUGUUGCACAGUGUGUGAGUGAUUUUUUGUUUUCCUGCACACAAGAAUGUACAGUACCCCCAAUCAGAGGACCAAUUCAGGGCUUAAUCCCUAUCAAAUCAGUGAGCCACCCAAGGGGCCUGCAUGCAUAGACACAUAAAUUCACAAUUGGGAUUCCAAGACAUGUAUUUCAUAUUUUUCAUAUAUCCAAAGUCAUCUUUUAACACCAAUUUGAAUUCUUGUUGUUGGUGAAUCUCUAUCAGAACCAAAUUUGCCUUCGCUUUCCCAGAUAAUGAAGUAACUUUACGUGUUUGUGGGUGUGUGUUUGCGCGUGUGUGUGUAUGUACAUGUCUGUCUGCGUGUGUCUGUGUGUGCUCGUACGUGUGUGUGUGUGUGUGUGUGUGUCUGAGAUCAAACUAGGUAUUCCAGACCAAUUUGAAAAUAUCUGUUUAUCUGAUAUGUUUUUGAUUGUGUGUAGCUGCUCUUGGAUACAUCAUCUUGAAGGCGGUCACUUACAUUCUUCUCAAUCAUGCUAUGACGAGUCCACCUCAUCAGCUGCAACAUGUUAAUUCCACCCUGAAUAAUGUUGUCGUUAAAGAUUCAAUAUGAGGAAACUGCCUCCAACUAGUUUUGCAGAAAAUUUCUAUUUCCAGCAGUGCCAGGCAAGACAUGAAAAUUGAACCACUGCAGUUGUAAUGAAUGUAAAAGUUGAAUUCCACCAUUUCAGCUCUUAAUGGUGCCAAAGGUUCUGAGUGGAGCAUCCAGGCGCAAUACUGCAACAAUUCAAUUAUCCGCUCACGCUUCACUUUUAAUGAAUCUUUACGUCAAAUUGAUUAAUAAAUGUUUUGCUUUCUUGUCCGUGGGAAUUCAGGGUUUUCACAUCAGCCACACAAUGUUUAUUCAAUGUGUCUACAUGAGGCGGCACGGUGGCCAACUGGUUAGAGCGUCAGCCUCACAGUUCUGAGGACCCGGGUUCAAUCCCCGGCCCCGCCUGUGUGGAGUUUGCAUGUUCUCUCCGUGCCUGCGUGGGUUUUCUCCGGGUACUCUGGUUUCCUCCCACAUCCCAAAAACAUGCAUUAAUUGGAGACUCUAAAUUGCCCGUAGGCAUGACUGUGAGUGCGAAUGGUUGUUGGUUUGUAUGUGCCCUGCGAUUGGCUGGCAACCAGUUCAGGGUGUACCCCGCCUCCUGCCAAAUGACAGCUGGGAUAGGCUCCAGCAUGCCCGCGACCCUAGUGAGGAGAAGCGGCUCAGAAAAUGGAUGAAUGGAUGGAUGGUGUCUACAUGAGUACACAACACACAAUUGGGAUUCCACAUAAGAAGAAAAAAAACCAUGAAGCGGAGAAAAUCAUCUACUUAAGCUUUCAUUUGUUGUUGUGCUGUGAUUAUUCCACAACAGCUUUAUAAUGUCUUUUAUUGCUUAAAGGGGAUAUAUAUAAUGGAUUUUGUUUUACUAUUUAAAACAGUUCCCAAGUGUUUUAAUAAAGGGUUUCUGACAUUCUUUGGUGAAAAUACACAAAAGAUAAAGAUUUACGCCACACUUAAGAAAAUUAUAAGAUGCUGCACCCACUUAAAAUUACACUGCUCACACAUUGGGCGCUGGGGCCAGUGGGAAAUCUACCAUGUGGUAGUCUACCAGUCUGACUCUGGCUGUGAAAAGGUGCUCUAGCUUCCAGGUCAUGGCAGCAUUGUGCAACUUUGUCCCACUGUUACGUCACAGUGGAGGACAAUUCAGCUUUGCUUGUUUUUUUUUUUGGUCUUUUAAAAAGUGAGGACUGUGGUUCUAGACAUGAUCCAUGUGUAAAGUGCCCUAAGACAACUUCUGUUGUGAUUUGACACAAAAUAGAUCAAAUUGAAUUGAAUUGCUUACAGACACAUUUUCGGAAAUAGGCAGCUAACAAAAGAUUUACUGGAUGCUUUUUAUUUAUUUAUUUAAAUUUAAUACGUGAUUUUUGGGCAGGCAAUUUGGCAGACCCAAUUAGUUAUAUUAAAGUUGCCUUAAAAAAAAAAAAAAUCAUAUCUCCCCUUGGCAACUAUAUUUCUAAAUGUGUGAUUGUGAUGAUGUAGUGCAAGUAGAUCUAUACAAUGAAAAAUGUAAAAAGCGCAAAUGUGGCACUGAGAACUAUGUUGAAAACGAUGAAAUAAAAAGCUCUGUUCUCUUU